AUUGACCGUCUGCUGCCGGGGAUCAGAGAGCGUUGCCAUUGCUCCGGGCCAUCCGAGGCAGAGUUGAUUCUUGCUCGCAGCCUUCAGUGGCCAGUGUGGUUUAAUCGCAUCAGCGCAGUUUCUCGAGGUCCUACAAGCUGGGCUCUUUGCAAGAUUUUUUCUCUCCAAGCGAUUACCUUGCGGGAAACUAAUACGGAGCUGCGUGUUGCUUUCCCCUGAGCCAUUAGGAUAUUAAAUCGGAAGAAUCCCCAUGGAUGCAAUGAAAUUAACACUCUGGUUCCUGGUGGCUGCAGCUGUAAACGACGAUGUGCUCUCACAAAAAGUACGGCUGGAGAUGCCAAGCACCAAACGGGUCUCCAUUGGCGAUAGAGUUGUCUUAACCAGUCUGAUUAUCACUGCCUCGUCAGAUAUGAACGUCACGUUUGUCAGUUGGAGGAAAGAGAAGAGCAGAACGAUGUUAAUUUACCAGGACAACAGAAUUAUAGCAACGUCUGACUAUCGUAACCGUGUUGGUUUCCUGCAUUCGAAGCUAAACAGAGAUGUGUCUAUAUAUAUCAACAACACCACUUUAGCUGAUACAGCUCUCUAUACUUGCAUGAUAAUUACUACAAAUCCUGAUGGCGUUCAAGAGAAAACAACCAAUCUGUCCGUGCUGAUUCCACCCUCAACACCAAAAUGCUACAUGUACGGGACUCAGUUUAUUGGGCAUAACGUGACUCUGACCUGCCGCUCGACACGGGGAAAACCAGUCCCCACCUAUACCUGGCAACGCAAUACCCCCAAGCCGCAGUUUUUUAACUUCCCAGCCCACAACUCUCAAAUGGGAACUCUGAUACUGAGGAACCUCACCAAGGAGAUGUCUGGAUUAUACAUUUGCAGGUCCAUAAAUUCAAUAGGGAAUGCAUCAUGCUCAAUACAGAUGGAUGUGACAACUUCAAAUAAAGCAGGAUUCUUCGCUGGGGCUAUUAUUGGGGCAUUCUUGGGGAUAUGUUUGCUGGUCGCUAUCAUUGCCUUCUUCUGCAUCUAUCAAAGGAAAAGAAAAUUUGAAAAGGAGGAGGAUCUGGCUAAUGAGCUAAAAGAGGAUUCUCAGGCACCAGUGGGAAACGUAUGGAUGAAGAAUGGGAGCUCUGACAUCAUCUCCAAAAAUGGCACCCUGUCUUCAGUGAAUAGCACAAUGCGCGCCUACAAGCCGUAUCCCGCCAAGCCACCGUCGGACACUGCGUCAACUAUCACCGCAAUGAACGUCAGUCGCGCCGGAAGUGGCAAACGUCCAAAAAGUGCCCAAAGACCAGCUACUGCACCGACUGUCAACACUCACCACUCUAGUCCUUCCCCCAAGUGGCAGAACGGAGCCCGGCAGCAGACACCGGAACAGGAGCCCACGUUGCCCCCAAUGUCCUCAUCAAAUCUUGCCAGGAUGGGGGCGGUGCCAGUCAUGGUGCCAGCUCAGAGUAAAUUCGGAUCACUGGUGUAGGGGCACCUUGGCAGUACCAUGGCACGAGAUUCUCCAGUGAUUUUCCUCAUGUUACCAAACAAUAGGCUUCGGAUGCAACCUAUUCAUGGUUGCAGUACAACAUUGUUUACAAUUACCUGAAGUCUCGUAAACCUCGUUUUAAAACAUUUUACAGCUAGAAAUCUAAAGAAGCCAGAAGUAAAACAUUUAGUGGAUUGAUGAGCUGAGAACUAUUUCUACCUUGGUAUCCCACUAACAUUUCAAACAUACUACUUUCUCCAGACUGAAUCCUUAUAAUCCUAGCUCUACUUCUGGUUGUUCUCAUCUUGACACCAAACUAACGUUCCUCAAGCACUUCAAUUCAACAUAUGGCUUGUUUUAAAGGUUAUCCAUUCAAUUUUAGUUAUACCCAUAAAAAGUACUGAGAAUCACACUUGCUAAUCCCCACUGAAGAGGAAUUCAGACAUGACUACUGACUCACAUCACAAUGUAUCAUUUUUCUGGGCAGUUUACAUUUUCUUCUUUGUAGCUUUUAUCCCCCAGCUCUAUAAUAUGAGAUAACAGCAUGACAACAUAAUCUAAUGCUUUUGUCAGCAUCACUUCACCUUUUAGGUUGAAUCAUCCUUGCAUACAGAAGAUUAUGAUGAUCAGAUCAAAGCAAU